CGCUCUUGUCAUGCUGCUUCACACCACGAGAAGACCUCGCUCCGCCCGGCACUUUCCAGAAAUCUCUGCAGGCUUACGGGUGCUGUAAAAGUCACAAGAUUUUCUGCGCAAGACGCUCAAAAGAAGCGUGUCCGGAGGAGAGGAACACGAGCGAACAACUCAUCUGGUACAACAGCAGUAUCCUGGAAAGAGGAGAGGACACACAACACCGCGGCACUGCUGCCUAGCCUACCGCGUGAAUAUCCCUCUGCCCAUUCCUCCUAGACGGCAGCGGCACACGGGGGGGGGUGGAUAGAAGCAACUCGACCAGCCGAGCGUCGAUAGCAACACACGAGGUGGACUGGCGAUCGGCGGACACUCGGCGGUACACACAGAGCAGGCAGGUUCCACCGCAUCUCGCCGCAUCCUGCCCAGACGAAGAAAAACUCUGCUGUCACAGCACCCCGUGCAACCAGCCGUGGGAAAAGAUGAUUUACAACCUCUACAUCUUCAACAGAAAGGGGAAGUGUCUGUACUACCGGGAGUGGAACCGGCCGCAGAACACGCUGGAGAACGCCGCGGACGAUGGAGAGGAGCAGCGGCUCAUGUUCGGCAUGCUCUACUCCCUCAAGGAGGUGGUCACGAAGAUGUCGACCGACCCGGCGUCCGCGGGGCUCCACGCUCUCAAGACGGACUCCUACACCCUGCACCACCUGGAAACCGGCAGCGGGCUGCGCUUCGUCCUCAACACGGACAAUAACGCCGGCGACCUCCGACCGACCCUCAGGCAGCUCUACUCGGGGAUCUUCGUCGAGUACGUGGCCAAGCACCCGCAGUUCAACCCGGUGGACGGCAGCCCGAUCCGGCUGCCGGCCUUCGAUUCAAGACUAGAGGAGUACCUCCGGAGCCUGGCUUGCUUCAAGUCUUGAUGUGUUUUUGGUGAUGGCGUGUGUGUGUUUUUGGUUUCUAUUGUUUAAGUGGACCGCGCAAUAACGAUGUGCUGUGUGUGUGGUUUGUGUUGCUUUGCUCCAGUAUGUAGGAGGUUUGCGUUGUAGGGCGGCGAUUGUCUUGACAGCACUUCUUCGACUUUGUCAUAUGGUGUUAGUCUAAACCAUGUGUACGGCUGCUUGCCAGCGUUCUUGUGUUCCUUUCUUCACCGACUAUGCUGCUCGUGCCACCGCUUUUUUGCAAAUUCGAACUAGUGAGUAACACGGGCUCCAACUUAUGCUAUAGCUCCCCUCUCGGUGAAGUUGCAUGUGCGUGUAGCGAGUCCCUCCGAAAUAUUGCCUGAUUUUUUCAGGUUGUGCGUUUGCCACGGAACCCUUGUAGACGUAUUCCGAGAUGGAGUUGUUGCUUGUCUGGAUCUGGGGGAUGUUCUUCCUGAACGUUCGACUUCGCCGCCGAACGGAAUUGCUUCGAUGACUGUCGAUGUUUGUGUGAUUGUGUAUUGUUUUUAUCAUUCCCGGAACAUACAGCAUUGCUCCGUUGGGGAAUGAAAGCUAUUGGGCGCGCUUUGAUAUGUGCCUGAUGGGGCGAACUCUUGAGCUGCUGCACAUGGUUGCAGGUGUUCGAACGCCCAUUGCCACACAACCCCGCGCCCCGUCAACCGGAAAGCACUCGUUGGGGUUGUUAGUCUUGGUGCAUCGUAUCACUGGGGUUGUGCUAGUCAGGCAUGGAAUACAACUCGCGAUGCC